UCACCCUCCCUACUUCAGCGUCUUCAGUCUGCUCCUUGCGAGCGGGGGGCCUCGCGUUACCGCUCAUGCAUCCUUUGAAGAUCAGUGGUGGAGCUGUUGGUGGCAGUGGAAGCUACUAGAGGUCCAUCGCUCCUGGCUCCUCCUUCAGCUUUCCCCAGCUUUUUCCUGUUUCUCUUUUUUCUACUCACGCGCUGUGUUACUUGCUCAACGUGUGAACAAAGAGGAGAGUCUUGACAGAGGAGCAGCACAUGCGUCCUGACUACCGAGGAACACAUAACGAGGAUUAGGAGGGUGGCUGAAGAGGAAGUAACUCGGCUAACAGACAAGAAAGGUGUGUCGAGAGCAAAAGCUCACGACAGCAACGGAAAACGCGCUGUGCCAGCCGGGAAUCGAACCCGGGUCUGCACCGGGCACA